GGAAGCUUGGCCUCGGUGUGACGCAGCCGUAGGCUCCGGUGAAGGUGACCGAUGACGAUUCUGCCCAAGAAGAAGCCGCCUCCCCCCUCGGACCCAGAGGGAAAUGGGGAACGGAGCGGCUCCGGGGGCGCUGACUCGCACUCCCGCUCUGGGGCCCGGCCCCGCUCCUCCCCGCCCCCGCGUUGGGCCUACCCCGGGAACCCCGCACCCCCAGAGCGCCACCCUGCCGGCACCCCCCGCCCCCAGCAAGCCUCUCCGCCCCCAUGCAGCGGGGGGUCCGGCGGGGCCGGCUCUGGGCCCCUGGGAGAGGGAGCUCUGGGGCCGUGCUGCUGCUGUACCGGUGCCGGGGGCUGCUGUUCGGGGCCCGGACACAGUAAGCGGAGGAGACAGGGGGUGAGCGCAGGGCCCGGGGCCCCGGGGAGCAGCCCGGAUAGGGAGGAUGGAGCCGGGAACAACAGUGAGGAUGAGUAUGAGACUGCGCGCCGGACCCAGGCCAUAGACCCAGACACUGCCGAGCAG